CUGAAUGCAAAGGUCAAUAUUCACAUCCUGGUAAGGGUACAUAGGUUAAUCCUUGAAGUAUUUCUGACUCUGUAGGACAAACUGGUUGCCCUGGGGAGACUUGUGUGUGUUGUGUGCAAGAUCUGACAGAAAAGCUGAAUCAAACAGGUAUGCAGAAGAACAAAUUUCAGGAGAGCCACCGUGUCUACCAAAUACUUGAGAGGCCCCCCUGGAGAGAAAAGUAAACCAUAACCAGAGAGGAAGCUUAACAAAGCAGCACAGAACCUCUACAAUAACUAAAGAAAUACAGCAGCCCAUCAUGGAGGAACUGGGCCAAGAGCAACAUGAAGCGAGCCAAGCCCCUGAAAUGGAGGACACAAUAGACAGUCUUACAAAGAAGGAGUUUAUAAGUGUUUGGGUUCGGGAUCCUCAGCUUCAUAAGGAGGAUUUCUGGCACACAUACAUUGACUAUGAGAUCUGUCUUCAUACCAAUAGCAUGUGUUUCCGGAAGAAGACCUCCUGUGUGAGAAGAAGGUACAGUGAGUUUGUGUGGCUCCGUCAGAGGUUACAGGACAAUGCUCUGCUCAUACAGUUGCCUAAACUGCCCCCCGCCAAUCCGUUCUUCAGCCUCAACAACGCAGACCAGGUGACCCAGCGUAUGCAAGGACUGCAGAAAUUCCUAGAUGGAGUGUUGCAGACACCGCUGCUGUUGUCAGACAGUCGACUGCAUCUGUUCUUGCAGUCACAGCUGAACAUUGCAAAAAUGGAGGCGUGUGUGCAGGGCCAGACACGCUACACAGUCGCCCAGGCCAUACAGCGCUGCGUAUAUGAGACACGCUUCCCUCACGAGGAGGACAGCAAGAGUUACUGCGAUUCUGAUGGUGAAAGUACAUCCUCCUCUGGUCUUGGCAGUAGUGUUGGUCCAGCCACGCCCAUCGAAAUGUCCUCCCACAAUAGUAGUCCCGCCCAGCACUCCCUGGCCACGCCCACACCGCAUGAGCUCUUCAAAUGUUUGUCUUCAUCUCCUAACAGUCCGCAGGACAGUCAGCAGGAUUCAUAAUGUGCGCCUAGUUCUGUACACUAAAGAAGCUAUUCAUGCCGACAUAUACGCACACACACAAAAACCUUGUUUGCUGCUCAUAUCUCCCAAACGUAACAUUUGGGUGGAUUACGAUGAGAGGAAAAAUGUUCUUUCAUUUUUUAUGUGCUUUGUCUUUUUGCGUAUUUUUGUGUUCUGUAUUUGUCUUUUAAAGAGAGAACUUGUUCAUUUUCUUCUACAAGCUGCCUGAAAUUGUUGAAGGUGAAGACUCAUGCUUAGGCAUGGUUAGGAGUGCAAUAGGAGCAAAGAGCAAAAUGAAUAGUGAGUUCAGCAUGACUUAAAGACGGAUUAAACAAAAUAUUAGAAAGGAAUCUCAUAAUUCUGGGUAUGUUUGUUAGUAUUGCAUUGUUUUAUUUGCAUUGUUCAGUGGUUUAUGCUAGGUUUCAAGAGAUGUGAAGAAAAAAGUGAUUUUUUUUAAAGAUAAUUUAAUUUUGAAAAAGUUUUAUUGUAAUUUAGAUAUAAUGUAAAAAAAUGAAUAAAUGUUAGUUUUUGGAAAAUUUUAGUUCUUUAAGAUUCUGUUUGACAUAAGAAAUAGGAAAUUUUGAAUUUUUUUUAAAUGUCUCAUAGAAUCUUAAAGGGGCAUUCAAGGCUAAAAUUUAAUGUUAUUGUGUUCUGUAAAGUUCUGAAGAGCAGUGUUGCAUCCCUCCCUCAUCAUUGUGACAGAAUUCACAGAUUUGUAUCGUAUCCAUUAAUAUUCUCUCACUACAGUACCUCAGCAUGCAUUAUGCAAAUACAUCAUACAACCAUUGGGAAUCAUUAUACGGCAAUAAAGAAAUCCUGACUGCUAGUGUAGCCACUGAUGUAAACACUAAUGAGUACAGUUGUGAUGUAUGACUUCCUAGCCAUAAUGUUAGACAUCUGGCUUCCUUCUACACUAACUAGCUAGCAGAAAAUAAAACACAAAUAUCUGCCAUGAAGCCCUUGCAGUUUUUCCAAAGCUCCUCCCACCUUCAACAUGCAUCAUUAGAAGGGGGUUGUCUUGUCUUCAAAAGGGAAAAUCUCACUCUAGAGGCUACUUUAGCACCACUAUAGGAGGCAACUAGGCAUUAUUACAACAGAUUUAGUGAUGGUUACGCUUUUCAUUUUGGUCGAAGUGCCCCUCUAAAAUAUACUCUAUAGUUCACUUUUAGCCAAAAAGGACACUUGACACGAUGCUUCAGACAUUACAUUUUCUAAGUGUCUACAUUAUUGUUCUAAGCACUGAAUAAAUGGGCAAAUUGCAGGUUGAAUAAUGUAGCAGACACAAACUAAAGCAUUUUGAUAUGUUGUUCUUCUGCAUACACUUAUAUGGUCUGACAAAACUUUCUUCAAGAACAUUUAAAUACAAGACUUUUUUAAAUAACUGCCUUCUAGAAGAAUAAAAAAUUAACACUG